UUAUUGUCCUUCGAUGAACUAGUGGGCUAAUACUUCCCGGAAAUGACGACACAAAAAGGAAACAUUGAUGGUCGAGGAUAUCACGUUGUGUUGCUAAAGAUGGACGAAUAGCCAGCUAGCCCCAAAACAUUUAAUGUAUAUUUGAAUCGAAGGCUAACUAGGCUUUUUGAUUUCUAGUUUGCCAUAUAUGAAUAAUAUACAUGUGGUCGACUAAAGAGGUGUAAUGGUCUAUUGCGAUUAACGAGUCUGGUUUCCGAUUUCCAACUACCAGUACUUCCUGAAGAUAUCAAAGAAUGACGUACAGAAGGGACAGGAGCAUCAGAGCGGCUUACGACGAGCAAUUCCAUCCGGAGAGGGAGUUUUCUUUGUAUAGCACUGUUUGCAGACCGUCAUAAAGACUCGUUGCAGAUGAAAAGGGGAAACAUCACACCUGACCGACCAAACAGCAGGCACAUGCAGUGAAAACCCUCAAACAGUGGCCAGAAACUCCACCAUGGGAAGCAGUCUCUGUGUUACUCUCCCCUGUGAUCCUACAGAAGCACAUUAGGAUUUUAAAAUGUUUCUUUUGUUGCUUGAAGAUGACUCCUUGCGUGUCUCCUGUGCAGAUGACUCGCUACAUUCCAUUACUUUAAUAGCAUUUGGCAGACGCUCUUAUCCAGAGCGACGUACAGUUGAUUAGACUAAGCAGGAGACAAUCCUCCCCUGGAGCAAUGCAGGGUUAAGGGCCUUGCUCAAGGGCCCAACAGCUGUGUGGAUCUUAUUGUGGCUACACCGGGAUUAGAACCACGGACCUUGCGGGUCUCAGUCAUGUACCUUAACCACUACGCUACAGGCCGCUCUCCUUGCGUGUCUGCCCUGCAGAUGACUCCACGCGUGUCUCCUCUGCGGAUGACUCCACGCGUGUCUCCUCUGCGGAUGACUCCACGCGUGUCUCCUCUGCGGAUGACUCCACGCGUGUCUCCUCUGCAGAUGACUCCACGCGUGUCUCCUCUGUGGAUGAUGUUAGUUUGAAAGUGUGCAGAUGCCGUUAGUGUGACGAUGACUCUUUGUGUGUGCCCUGUGCAGAUACCGUACACGCGUGUGGCGAAUAUGGGCGAGAGGAGAGGGGAGUUUAACAGACCGGAGGAGGACUACCAUAGAGACUUUGACUACGACGGUCCGCGUUACUAUCCCAAUGGAGGGCCUCGCAAUUACCACGGCGACGAGCACAGGGGUUACCACGACAACUCCCAGUUUGGGAACGUACGCAGGAACGGUCCCCCCUCUCGAAGAGAGGAGGGGUACCACUAUUACCGGGGGGCCAGGGAGGAUGUGCAGGGGGGCCGGCCAGAGUUCAGGCCCUCAGCCCGCGCGGGCCCCUCAGGCAGCGCACGCGCGCAGGGCUUCGGCCCCGGGCCCCGCAGCCUGGCCGCCGUGGUCCCCGAGGCGGCCGAUGACAGUCUCAUGCAGGCCAUUCUCAACCUGGACCGCGGGGACGAGCGGGAGCAGUUCCGGCGGAAGGGCUCGUUCCCCCCCCAGCGGGACCGCUCCCCUCUGAGGCGGGACGUGCCCCCCUCCCCCCACAGCCGCUCCGGCUCCAGCGUCAGCAACCGCAGCUUCUCCCCCGAGAAGAAGGGCCUGUCGCUGCCCAAACUGCACAAGAGUGGUAAAGAGAGGGCUCCAGGUCAGCCUGUGACUUCCUCCAGAGACGGGUCUCCCCAGAGCUCUGUGUCCGUCUCAAAGGUGAGCGUGGAGAAGCCCAGCCGCCCUGUGGAGCCCCCCCUGCCAGACCCCCCCCUGCCGGAGCCCCAGAGGGAGAAGGCCGGGGAGACGCAGGAGAGGCCCAGCGAGGAGUCCGAGACGCCCGCACUGUUUGAGGAGAUCCCGGGGUUGGAGGGGGACCAGGAGGAGCUCCCGCCCAGUAAAGACGACGCGGCCAAGGCCCUGGACACCCUGCAGGAGCGCCGCUCCAAGGCCAUCGCUGCCAAGGCCCGGGAGAUCGAGCAGGUGUUCCGGCAGGACUGCGAGACCUUCGGGAUGGUGGUGAAGAUGCUGGUGGCGAAGGACCCCGCGCUGGAGGGCCAGCUGCAGACCCCCCUGCGGGAGAACCUGGGGGAGAUCCAGCAGCGCUGCCUGGAGGACCUCCGGCACUUCAUCUCCGAGCUGGACGAGGUUCUGCAGCCCGAGCGCUCCGGCUGAGGGCCCCCUGCGGGGCCCCGGGGGGCCGACACCCCCAGCUCAGCUCCACUGCAGGAUCAGGGACCUGUGUGGCCCUCAGCCUGGCCCUGCAGUCUGGGCGGGGGAGCGGACGCACACAUGACCCGGUGAGGUCACCUGCUCUACACGCCCACUCUGCUGGACAACAAGCGUCUCUCAUUUCAUCUCCACCGUGCGUGCCCACCUUCACCCUCUCCCCCGCGUGUCCCCCGCGUGUCCCCCGCGUGUCCCCCGCGUGUCCCCCACGUGUUCCCCGCGUGUCCCCCGCGUGUCUCCCGCACAACACACAACUCUCAAACUGCAAACUGCUCCUGGAGCCCUGGUGAGAUACGGAAGCAGAGAAUCAGGACUUCUGCCAGGCUCCAGCUUAGGGUGAAUCAGCGUACCUGUCUGUUACUCAUGCUCCUCAACCCUGGACCUGGAGAUCUACUGCGUCUGCUUGGGCUCUCAGCCCUACCUGGAGAUCCAUCAGGUGACGUGAGUUAAUUAUCCAAUUAACUGCCUACAUUAGUCAAUAAAAGCAACACAUUGUCUUGAUUAAGCGCAGAGUUGCAGCUAUGACCAGCAGACCCCACUAUGACCAGCAGACCCCGUGGCCCUCCAGGGCUGCAGUUGAAGACAGAAGCGUAGUGGGGGCCCAAAGUAUGACGGGGGGGGGAGGGGGGUGAAAGGAAGAAAGUGUUAAAGCAUUUUAUUCUUUCAUGUAUUGUAAUCCAAACCCACCAUUUCAGUUUAACCCUACUUUGAAAAACUGCUAUCCAAUAUUCUUCCACACAGU